UGGGGAUGGUGGGACCUGGGGAUAGCAGGACUUAGAGACACAGGAACAGUGGGAUUUGGGGACAGUGAGAUAUGGGACCUGGGGACAUGGAGACAGCAUAAUUUGGGGACAUGGGGACAGAGAAAAUUGGUGACAGUGGGAUGUGGGGACAAGGGGACAGUGGGAUUUGGAGAUAUGGGGAACAGCGGGAUUUGGGGACAUGGAGACAGCACAGUUUGGGGACAUGGGGACAGUGGGACGUGGGGACACGGAGACAGCAGAACUUGGGGACGUGGUGACAUCAGGAUCGGGGACACAGCCACAGCACCGCUCCCCCCGUCCCACCCCAUCUCCGCAGGCCUAGCGGUUCCCUCAGCCCCGCUCCAUCCCGCCCAUCCCAUCCCUCCGGCCGUGGGGCACCAUGAACGUGCUGGCCCCGGUGCGCAGGGACAGGGUUGUGGCCGAUCUGCCGCAGUGCUUUCGGAAGGAGGCCGCCCUGCACACCCGCCCCGAAUUCCAUUCCAGUGUGACCAGCGCCUGCCAGGAGCAGCGGACGGGCACUGUGGGCUUCAAGAUCUCCAAGAUCAUCGUGGUGGGGGACCUGGCAGUGGGGAAGACCUGCCUCAUCAACCGUUUUUGCAAGGAUACCUUUGACAAGAACUACAAGGCGACCAUCGGGGUGGACUUUGAGAUGGAGCGCUUUGAGGUGCUGGGGGUGCCCUUCAGCCUGCAGCUAUGGGACACGGCUGGGCAGGAGCGCUUCAAGUGCAUCGCCUCCACCUACUACCGGGGAGCACAAGCCAUCGUCAUCGUCUUUGAUGUCAAUGAUGUGGCAUCCCUGGACCACACACGGCAGUGGUUGGCAGAUGCCUUGAAGGAGAACGAUCCCUCCAACGUCAUCCUCUUCCUGGUGGGCUCCAAGAAGGACCUGAGCACACCGGCGCAGUACAGCCAGAUGGAGAAGGAUGCGCUCAAAGUGGCCCAGGAGAUGCAGGCAGAGUUCUGGGCUGUGUCCUCACUCACAGGAGAGAACGUGAGGGAUUUCUUCUUCCGUGUGGCAGCACUGACCUUUGAGAGCAGUGUGUUGGCAGAGCUGGAACGCGGCAGUGCCCGGCGGAUCGGCGAUGCUGUGCGCAUCGGCAGCACCGAGAGCGACCUGUACCUGUCAGCACCCCGCAAGAAGCCCAAAUGCUGCCAGUGAGCCCCGCAGCACCCCGUAUCUCCGUACCAAAGAGCAGCGGCCCCGGCGGGUGGGGGCAUCCCAUAGCUAUGCAAACCCCCCCAGAAGGGACACCCACAGC